AUGCCUACGCUAGUACCAUCGUCAAGCAGUUGUCAUAAUUUGCGAUUGCCACCGACAGAAAAGGAUGAUCGACUCAACUUGAAUGUAAGGACCGGUUCGGCAUCCACUCUUUAUAAGUCAUUGGUAUUCACGUACGGGGGGCUCACAAUAGGAUUGGAUAUAGGGGAUGAGAAUAUAGACGAGUUGAUGCAGGUCUUUCAUCUGAAGAUAUCGAAUUUGAAGUCCAACCUGAUCGAUAAAUACCUUUCGGGAGAGUUUUUUUAUCUCGAUUUGAUCGAAAAGUAUUGGACAAGGGUGGAUAUACCCAGUGGUGAAUUGAAACCGAAGCCUAGGGUUUUUCAUGAAAUAGCUGCAGUUAAUAAUUGCGUUUAUGUAUUUGGUGGGUUGGUUGUGAAUGAGAAAUACGACUCUUACACGCAAGAAGUUACGAAUGAAAGAGAAUUAGUACCCUGUAAUGACUUAUGGGAGUUUAGCCUUGAAACUCGGAAGUGGCAUAUGCUUCAUGACGGUAGCAAUUAUGAAUGCAAUGCUGGUAUACCUAGACCAAGAUUUAGCCAUAAGAUGACGACGUUGAGCAGUUUGUCAUUUGCAAACAAGAAAGAUCAUUUUGGUAUAUUUAUAGCAGGUGGAAGAGAUGAUGAAUCGAGAUCGUUAUAUGACAAUUUUGUGUUUGAUCUUGUAACAAAAGAAUACGUUUCUUCACCGAUUGAUUUGACCCUCGAGACUAAGAAAAAUAAUCAGAGGUAUAGAAAUGUCAACAGCAUUGUCACUUCUGAGAACUAUAAAAUCAAUGUUGAGUAUGUUAAUAAUGCGAUACUUAGUUUUAUUAAGGAACCGUCUCAUCAUCAACCUCAUUCAAGUACUAGAUCAACAAAUAAGGCUAUCCUGAGUGAUUAUACUAGUACCAGUGAAGGAGAUGAAUCAAUAAUAGUAUAUUCGCAAGUUGAUUCGUUACAAAACCAAUCUAUAAACCCAUUGCUAUCAUUUAAAGUUGGAAAGACCAUAAAAGAGGGUAAAAUAUUGCCAGUACAUAACAAGGUGCUGACGCACGAAAAUUCGAUACAAGAGAAUGAAGUUAAGAGGGUAGCGAACCAUACUGUCCCUUACAAUUUGAAAUUUCCUACAGGUGGAUUGUUUGGUCAAAAUAUUGUCAUAACAGGAUUUUUACCUAAUGAUAAUGAUAUAUCCGUUUUCAUAUAUAAUAAACCAACAGGUAAAUGGUCAAGAUUAAAUUUCUUUUGUGAUCAUGAUUAUGGAUCUCAUAGAUGUUGGGGUGGAUUUGCAUGGCAAUCGCAUCAUAAGGUUGUCUUACUCGGUAAUUAUUUAACAUCUAGGACUACAAGUAGUAUACGGUUUUUCACGCUAAUGAUCACAGUAAGCUUACCGAUUACAAAUAUUUUAGCAAGCUUGGAAUUAGAGGGUGGACAUUACCAUGGUCCUGAUGGUACGAAAAUGUUUUAUAAGGAUGACAGUUCCUCUACUGACGAUAAUAAUAGGGAUAGGUUGAGUGAAGAAGAAGCAGCUUAUUCAUCAUCCGACGCAUUGAGUGAUGUUGAAAAGAAGGUAAAAGAUACGCUCCGUAGGCGUUCAAGUGUCUCUGCUUCUAGUAAUAAAGCUUCUCAACCAAUAAGCUUUAGCGAAUAUGUUCAUUACGUAGCACCAAAGACAAAGUUCACAACCAUUAGAUCAGUCUUUCCUCCAGCAGCUAUUACCUUAGGAAGAAAUGCCAUGGACAGAUAUGGUGAUUUGAUUUCUGAUUUUGAAUUUGUUUCAUCUAAUGGCGAUAGGAUACCGGUGUCCUUAAGAAUAUUAAUGGAAAGAUGGGGUAGAUAUUUUAUUCAGUUAUUAGCCAAAGGGUAUAUCAAUGCUGUGGAUAGAUUUGAACGGGAUCAAGACGUAGACAAUGAUUCCGUGAAAAAUGAGUCUUUAACAUCAGAUAGGAGGAAUUCUUCAAGUAAAAUUCAUAAUAAGUUAAGAUCUUCAAUGAGUACAGGUGCUGGUUCUUCGAUCUCAUCAAGCAAUUCAGAAGUCAGUGUUAACCAAAAUAGUGCAAACAAAAAAGGACACCAGUCUUCAUAUCACAUAUCUAUCCCUGGACCAUCUAGUAAGCAUUCUAAAGAGCCGCCACAGUUUAGGCUUCCUUUUCAAGAUUCAUCGCUAGCAAAUGAUUCAAUUCCAGAGAAAGAACAAGACGAAUGGAUUGAUCCACCGUCCAAAGGAACGAUCAUUGGGACGGAAACAAACAAUAGCAAAGAAUUUAUUGAUUCGUCUGCUCGAUCGAACAUAGCCGAUAAACAGUAUGAGUCUUCACGCAAAGAAUCAGUUAGCUCAUUUACAAGCAAUAAUUCUUUGCUAAAUUCACAUCUUCAAAAUAUCCCAGCUCAGUUACCAUUACCAAAUGAACCAAUACCGGCAGUUCCAGCCUCAUCAUCAUUUAGAAGUUCAUCAAGAAAGAAUUCAGCGGAUUUGGGUUCCCCUAGAGCAUCACUUAUGUAUACAUUAACAGCUUUGAGGAAUAUACCUCUUUCAAAAUCCCCCAGAGGUUCACCAUUUUCAUCUCCUAGGGCAUCAAUAUCUGGUCCAGGUGCACCCAUGGGGAAUGAACUACUGAAUUCAGCAAUUCCAAAUUUGAAACAAAGCUCUUUUUCUGUCAACAGAAAUAGCCAGCAUCCCUCAAGGUCAUUAGACACUUCUCCAAGCAGUUCCACGGAUGCUCUUCCACUUAAAGCAUCUACUACCGAAGCUAUAACAGACGAAAUUUCUAGAAAUAAGAAAGUCUCGAGUAAUUCUUCGAUAACAUCGCUGGAAUUAUUUAGUCAGGAUAGGAGAUUUUCUCCAUUAACACCGAUACAACAAGAUUCCAAUAGAAUAUCAUCGAAAGGUGAAGAUGAUCAUGAAUACGAAGAAAGGAAUAAUGAUUCUCUUUUUAACAACCCAUUAUUGGAUUUUGAAAAUACAGAGGGUGGGAGAUUUAGAAUGGAGCCAUCACUUAUACCAAGAAAGCUCUAUAUGCCAUUUGCAACCAGCUCGAUCAAGGCAUUCUGUGAAUAUUUAUAUACUGGUCAAGUUGGUAACAAAUGGCUUUUAUCGCCCGUUACAUUGGAUAAUUUAGCAAUUUCAAAAUUUUUGGAUGUGCCGUUGUUGUAUGAUUUAAUUAGUGAGGUUUUAUUUGGUGUUAUUGGGAGGAAAGAGUCAUUUAUCAUUAGAGAAGGUAAUAAAUUGAAAAAAAGAUAUAACGAAUUAUUAAAUUUGACGGGUUCAGUGAAGGAUUCAACGUUAAGGUUUCCUUUGGACGAAUAUGAGGGUUUUAUGGACACAAUUGAUGAUGGGUUUUUGGAUAUUACAUUAUUAAAGAAGUCAUCAGCAAGCCAUAAGGAUAGUUCUGCAUCGGCAAUGAGUAGUAAAAAGAAUAAACUAUCUUUCAACUCAGCAUCAUCGUUUCGUUAUUCGAUUAGCAUCGAUGAUAUCAAUGAAAACGCAACGUCUUUAAGAGAAGUUCCAAUUGAUGAGACAUCAUCAACAAAUAUCCCAUACAACCAAGAAAAAAAUAUUCCUACUAAAACUCAAGAUCAAUUGACGGAUGAUUCUAUUGACAAAUCCACUUCCAAUAGUGAAGAAGAUGACUUUGAAAUAGGUUAUUUAGAUGCUAGAGAUAACCUGUCAUUAAAUGUUGGCCCUCGAGCAAAAUCGAUAUUCGAUAAAUCUGGAGCAGAAAUGCAAUUCCAAAGUGCACUUGAUCAAGAACUAAAAGAAAAGGAAAGCGAAUUAGAAAAAUCUAAAAGCUUGAAUCUUACCCUAGAGCAAUUAGUAAGCCCUCAAUCUCCUUUACCGUCUGAAUAUACUAUAGAGUUGAUAUAUGAAACAGCAACACUCUGCAGAGAUAUAAAGUUGAUGUUAAGGUCAGCGAAUGUGAAGAAUAUGGGUGAAGUUUUUAACCAGAGUAAGCUUGAAUUGAAUAUAGCCAUCGAAGAAUUGGAGAAUAAGUAUGACGAACAGCAGAAGCGAAAGAACGAAGAGCAAACUGUUGAAAGUUCACAGCCCAAAGGGAAAAUACCACCUCUGUUAUCUGGGAAUGAAUCUGAAACUGGUUUGGAGCAUAUUAAGUCUAACAUGUCGUCGUCAUCCUUAAGCACCUUAGGAUUAAGAAGUGUUGACUUGGAAAAAUCGAAAUCGAACACAGGUUUCAGGAACUUUGGCCCAUUCAAGAGUAAAACCGACUUAAAGGUAUCUAAGAUGUCCUCAUUUGAAAAUAAUAAGGAGUUAGAUAGGAGAAUCACCAGACUGAUAAAAAUUGAUGAAAAAUUAAAACUGAAGACAGCUAAGGAUGAAAAAUUGAAGCGACUCCAAGAUCAAAAAUUGGACAAGAGACAAACUGAUAAACCUAAAUUAAUGACAAGAAAGAGUUUAUUUACAAAAUUUAAAGAAGAGGGAUCGAGUAGUACUUUAGCUUCAGAAGCUUCGACUAAUAAGAAGAAGCAUGGCUUUUUGCACCAUCUUGGCCACCACAAGAAGAAAAACGAAGCCACAAGCCAGGGAGAUGAUUCUCUGUUGGAAUAUUCAAACCUAAGUAGAACUGUGUCAGCAUCAGGCAGUAUAAGUUCGGCUAACAGCAAAAAGUCACAGGGACUGAGAAUUAAAAAUGGUUUAUUUCGUAAGAAAAGGACUUCCAAUUAA